CGGGUUACUGUCACGCCCCAGGAGAUGGGGGCGGGCGCCGCUGGUGGCGGUGAGCCUCGCGGGUACCGCUCCCGUUGCCGUUUCCCUCAGUCUCAGAGACCGGCUCUCGGUCCUGGGAAGACCCCGGAAUGUUCAAGAACCUUCUCUCGACCGGCUCCUUGAUCCGGGCCCUGCACGCUGCGCUGACGUGGGCGGUGACGUUGGUGCUCUUCCUGUUCGAGACGGAUCUGAGACGGAGUGAGAAGCGUGGUGAGUUCCUCCAGCCAGUUUCCUUUGUGCUACUGGUUUUCUGCUCAAUGUUACUGUACUUCAUCACCUCCCUCAUGGACCCAGGAUAUGUCACAUUUGAUGAUGAACUAAAGGGCCGGAUUUCUCAAUCAAAUCGGGGUGCUGGGGAUGAGAAAGAGCAGAUGAUUCCUGUGGUACAGAAAGCACACAGACUGAGGCGGUGUGGAUUCUGCAUGGUCCAGCAGCAGCCCAUGCGUUCCAAACACUGCCAGUCAUGCCAGCACUGUGUGCGUCGAUAUGACCAUCACUGUCCUUGGAUUGAAAACUGCGUGGGGGAAAGGAACCAUCGCUUCUUUGUGCUGUACCUAAUGCUGCAACUUGCUGUUCUGCUGUGGGCCUUCCACAUUGCGUGGUCAGGAUUCCAUACUGAGACUGCAUGGAAAGACUGGCUCCAAGUCAAUCUGCUUCUCCUGUUGGCAUUCAUAGUCAUUAUCAUUUUCACUGUGGUGGUGAUGCUGCUACUGGUGUCACAUUUGUACUUGAUAUCUAACAACACCACAACGUGGGAGUUCAUGUCUCGCCAUCGCAUCUCCUACCUGAAACAUUGUGGCUCAGAGGAGAACCCAUUCGACCAGGGCAUCCUCGGGAAUUUGUGGACAGUUUUCUGCGUGUGCAGAACAGUCGUCUGGGAAAGAAUUUAUUUUCAGGAUGAAGAUGAGCUGGUGUAAUGAGUGGCACACUUAAAUAGACUUUUCUGUAAUUUCUAUUUUGUGUUUCUGACUUACUGGGACUGUAUUAUUUAUUGUGGGCAAUGUCAUAACAUUGACGUUUUCUCCAAUAUGUCAGGCUCAGAGAUGGCGUGAGAUAAUUGAAGGCAAGGGCUCAGAGCUAGGUGAAUACUUUUUCUGUAGAAUGUGAGUAUUACACAACAUCAAAAGGGAAAGUGGAAUCGUACACAACACAGUGAGCACAGCAGCCAAGGCAGCAUCAGAGGAGCAGGGAAGUUUCAACCCUUCUCCUGACCCGAAACAUCAACUUUACUGAUCCUUUGAUGCUGCCUGGCCUGUUGUGCACCUCCAGAUCCACACUGUGUUGUCUCUGAUUGCAGACUUCCAUCUGCGGUUCUUGCUAUCUCUGAAGGGGAACAUAGGUUGUUCCCCUCCUCUUCCUCCACUAACUUUUUCACACCCUGUUUUUCUGUUGAUAGUCCAACAGCUUUGAGACCAACUUAGUUCCCAGAGGAAGUUGGGAUGGGGGGGGGGCACACAAAAAUAAAGACCAGAAUUACUGCCACUGGCUUCCAAGGGAAGAGGAGAAGAAGGAGUGUGAUCCUUAAGGGGUUCUGAGAGAAAGCAUUGAGAUUGUGAAAUCACCCUUUACUUAUAUACUGGCAGCCUCUCCAAAGAUUAAAAAUGCACUGAUUGCUUCUUUAUCUUAAAAAAAAAGGCAGUCAUUUUUGAUACCUUAAUAAAAAUAGAAAUGAAAAAUCCUAUGUUCUGAAACAUUUAACACUGGUUGGUAACAAGUUAAUGAAUCAUGUUGUUCAAUUGCCAGAAAUGUUGACUUAAGCUGUUUUGAAUCAAAUUUUCCUUCAAGAACACUGUUGUUACCUUAAAGUACUUAAAAUUUAAUGAACACCAUUGAUCACCAAACUUUAAAAUUAUUUCCAUUUCUAUUAACCAGGUCUUAAAGUUUACAUUUUCUGUACAAUUCCAUUCUAUUUUUAAUCUAGUUGUAUCAAGAUCUAUCAGAUCACUUCACACAGGUGAAUGUUUAUGUUCAGUUGUAAAGGCUAGAAAUUAUAUUUGAACUGCUGCAGAAGUCAGAAACCGGGACGUCAGCUGUAGUUCUAGGGAGUACUGUCCUGAGCCAGAAAGUUGCAGGUUUCAAUAUUACUCCAGUAAUGUAAUAAAUCUAGGCUGAGAGAAUGAUGCUCCGAGUGGACCUAUCUUUCAGAGAGGAUAUCAGCUCUCUCAGGUGGGUGUAAAAGAUUGAUACCAUGGCACUGUUUCAAACAGUUGGUGAGCUCAUGCUGGUGUUCUCAGCCACUAUUUAUUCCUUAACUGAGAUCAUACAGAUUAUCUGGUCAAUAUAAUGGGACUGAUUGUGGAGCUGUACUGCACCCAAACUGGUUGCCACAUUACCUAUAUUACAACAGUAACUGCAUUUCAAAGGUAGGUCUUUGUUCCAAAGUGUUCAAUAAACAUUUGGAGAUUGCCAUAGGCGCUACUUUAAUGUAAGUUAGUUUUAAAAUCUUACUGUUGCUGUUGUAAAAGAAUGAUUCUGGGGGUUUGGGGAGUGUUGCAGUCAGUGUUCAUGUUACAUUAGCUCCACCCAUUCUAAUUGCACUUUAGUUUGUGGGUUGAAAUGAAGUUCCACUGUAUCUUUUGGAGGGAGCAGAUACCUCCCAAAAAAGUCCUAGUAAUUAUAUCUAACCAAAUGUAGUUGUACUUAUUGUUUAUUGCAAUCUUAGAUUAGUGCCUCUUCUGAAGGUUCUUUAUGGGGGUGUAUCCUCUACCACUAAGCACAAGCUUAUCUUUCUUGGGGACAAGAGGAUAGCAGGCAGUGAAUCAUUCACACAGCCCUUGCCUAGCACUACUAACAGGUAAAACGUACAAUGUACCAGAAGCGGUUAUCUGAGAAAAUAUGAUUCCCAACAGAGCGAGGGGGGGAGCGAGAGAGAGAGAGAGAGAGAGAGAAGCGCGCGAGAGAGAGAGAGAGGGGGAAACGAGAGAGAGCACGAGAGCAAGAGCACAUGAGGCAAAGAAAGAAAGAGAAGGACUCCCAGUGAAAAUUCUUCUACAUAGGAGGUACGUAAUGCUCAGGAUGACAAUAACCUAAAGCUCAGACUCCCUGAACCUCUGUCUGUAACCUCAUUUCCUUUCAAAAUGGAGCAUUUUAAAGACCUAAUUCAAACCUGUAUUAAUAUCUCCGUGGUCCAGUCAAAUUGUGUCUGAUUAUGCUCCAACCACUACCUUGGGGAGUUUUUAAAUCUUUAAAGCAUUGUAUGAAUGCAUGUUAUUGUACCACACAAAACACCAAAGAUCCUUUUGUGUUGUCCCUAAUUUUGCCUUUCAGAAGUGUUUGUUCUUGAGUCAUGAACUGCUUAAAAUUAAUAUAUUUGUAGAGAAAUGCUGCAUUCAAUCUGCUAUGCAAAUUAAUGGUUUGACAUAGUUGAGAAUGUCUGCAUUGAAAUUCAGAAUAGUGCAUUGCAAUCAAGUAGAGUGGCUCCCAUGUUCUUUUAAAUCUGAAAGGCGUAAGAUUAGAGAAAAUUAUUCAGUGCAUUUCACCCAUUAAUGCGAAAGCACUGAGAUCACCCCUUAAUUUCAAUCCUAUUAGUUAAGCAAUGCUUUACUGGUAAGUCUUUGUUGAAAUUCAAGCAUGAACCUGUCCAAUGAGAAAUUGAAGCAUGAAUGAGCCUUUUAAAAAAAAAAUACCUCCACAUCCAAACCUCAAAGUAACAGUUGUGUCUACAAUAUACACCGUGAAAAGUCACCCACCAAAUUGUUCAGAUUUAUUAUUGAUUCAAACCCGAGGGUGAUAGUUACUGCUUUCCCAUGCAAACAGUUUUACUUAAAAUUAAAAAUGGCAAAUGUGAUUCACUUUAAACCAGCAGAUCUGACUUAGAGAAGACAGUCUAGGGUACAGAUGAAUGUGGCUUUUGAUUAGUGGCUGAAAGGUAGUUCAUUUCAACCAUUUCAUCUCUGCCUCUGGAGUAAUGUAUACACUUGAAAUUUUAGGCGAUUUGGAAACAUGCAAACAUUUUAUUCCAGGUUGAACAGUAUGGCCCAAAAUGUGAAGUCUUUUAAAAUGCCCCCCUAUAUUUUAAACAAAUUUUUAAAAAUUCCAAGAUAUCAGUCAUCUCUAAAGACCUCUUCCAAAACAAAGGAAAAUAGAAUAAUGACAAAACACACAACAUAAUUAUGUAAUUAACAAUAAAAUUCAGUCCACAAAAGGGACAACUUUGGUAGAGGAGAUGUACGGCAAUCAAUCCUUCUAUUAAGGUAUGGCAAAAAAAUACAGUAAAUCAGAAUUGAAAGCUAAAUUAGCCUAUUGAAUUUAAAGAUAGAACAGGAAAGAGGGAACUUUAUAGAAAUGUAAAUAAAACCUUGUAGCAGUACAGAGCAGUGGAUAUUUUCAGAAUGAUAUUUUUAUAAUAGUCUUAAAGUAUGAUUAAAUUUCCUGAACUAAUUAGUUGUAUUCUUAUUGAAAUAUUGCACAUUUAUUUUUGGACUGGAAUCUUUAUUGUAGCUUUGUGCUGUCAACUAAUAUUCUGGAAAAGUAUUGAUUAAAAAUCAAUUUUUCAUUGUA